AUGAUCGGGAGUGAAGUUCCUUCUAGCUAUGCCAUUCUCCCUCUCCAUCAAAAGAAUUUGGAGACCUCUUUGACGAAUAGCAGAAAGAGAAGAAAGAAUCUCCUCCUCCUCACUGUCGUUUUCAUUAUAGCAGUUAUGAUACUUCAAAGGAGAUAUUACUAUAUGAGAUUCUCGGCCGCUCAGCACGCCAUCAAUUUGAUCUCUCAUACUCCUAAAACCUCAUCCUCUCUAGAAUUCUCGUCUAGCAACAUAAACCUCGAGGUGGAAAAUCGAAGAAUAUUAGAUAUAUAA